AUGCGCCUCUUCCUCGUGCCCGUCUCGACGCGGCGCACGCUACUCUACGCGCAGCGCCUCAGCGUCACCACAAAGGACCAGAGCGCCGCCUCGCUCCUCGACAAGGGCGUCGCCUUUGCCGCCCGCACAUGGGCCGGCUGGGAGAAGAAGGAAAAGGGCUGGCAGCGCAAGGUCGUCGACUACGGCAACCAUGCCUUUCGCCGCAUCCCCUUUGAGGAAUGGGGCCUCAAGUCGGUGCCGCCGCUGUCGGCGCGGCGCCGCGCCGAGGAGCUCACGGGCGACGGCAAGGUCGAGGUCGUCUUUCCCGAGUCCGUCAUCCCAGGCGCGCAGGUCGAGUCCCUGGCGCAGAAGCUCGCGACGGAGAGGGAGGCGAUUCACCGCAGGCAGAUGAUGUGGUGCUUUGUCGGGAUGCCGAUUACCAUCCCUUUUGCGCUCGUUCCAGUAAUACCCAACUUGCCAUUCUUCUACCUCGUGUACCGCGCCUUUUCCAACUGGCGCGCCAUCGCCGGUGGCAAACACAUACAGUGGCUGAUUUCGAACAAGCUCCUGGUUCCCUCGCCGUCCAAGGCGCUCGACCUGGUGUAUGCGCAAUCGCCUGCCGCCAAGAACAAGGGCGCCACGGCCAAGGAGGAGAUCCUGCUGACGCAUACGCAAAUCCGCACCUGCACGGACACGCUGGAGAUUCCCGAGCUGGAAACGGAGCUGGACAGAGCCGUCUGGCAGAUUGAGGAGGAGCUCAAAAAAGAGGAGCACAAGAAGCAAGAAACGGGCGCCACCUCGUCGCCCGGUAAGCUGUCGGAGGACAAGUCUGCUGCAAAAGACAAGAAGAAUCAGUGA